AUGGCCAACGGAAUUCAACCAAAUAUUCACCCCUUCUUCGAGCCCAACACAUGUUCUUGGCAGUAUGUGGUAGCCUGUCCUAAAACAAAGGAGGCAGCCAUCAUCGACCCAACUCUGAAUUACAAACCUGAAGGCUUUCUCAUCACCACCGAGGCUGCGGAUAAACUCAUCAAAUGUGUUCUCGAUAACGGAUAUACGGUCACGAUGUUGCUAGAGACGCAUAUCCACGGAGGCCAUCUCUCGGCUGUCUACUACAUCCAACAAACUCUCUGGUCCCGCGGACACACACACGCACAGAUCUGCAUGGGUGAGAAUGUCAAAGUCAUGCAAAGUCAUUUUGCACACAAAUUUCACAUCCCGAAAGAAGAACUUUACAACGCUUUCGACCACCUCUUCGAGCAAGACGAAACAUUCAACAUCGGUGAGCUUACUGGCAUUGCCAUCUACCUCCCAGGACAUACACAGGACCAUAUUCUGUAUAAAAUAGAGGGCAAUAUCUUCACCGGAGACAGUAUAGCCCGCCCAGAUGUCCACAGUGAACGAUGCGAUUUCCCAGGUGGCAAUCAUCGGGAACUUUUCCGCUCGAUGAAGCAGAUCCUUGAUUUCCCCCCGCCUACAAAGCUCUACGCCGGGCAUGAUUAUCCGCCUCCCAAUGAAGAGGUGACACGCAACCCAUUUCCGUAUGUAACAAUCAGCGAGCGGGAGGAGCAAAAAAAGGAGGCUAGGGACGACGUGGCAGAGGACGAGUUUGUGAAGUGGAGGACUGAGCGGGACAAGGUGAUGCCUGAGCCUACACUUGUGCAUCAGGCUCCGCAGAUCAACGUGCGUGGAGGGAAGCUGCCAGGCAAAUCGCACGAGGGAAAGGGGUAUCUGUUAUACGUUAUUAACGUUCCAAAAGUUUUAUUGGGUGGAUAG